AUGUCUUCUCCAUCUCAACAGCAGGACUCGCAGAAGCGAGACGAAUCUCAGGCUCCUCAGUCUCCCGGUCAAGGCCAGAACCAACAGGAGCAGGGUAACGACAGCAACCCUUUCAAUCAGAACCAGAACGAGGGUCAGCAAGAGUCACAGAACCAGGACCAGGGCCAGGGACAAGAGGCUCAACAGCAACAGCCAGGUCAAGAGUCUGAGUCCAAGGCCGAAGAUGCUAAGGACGAGUCUAAGCCCGACAUCGAGAACGCAAAGGCUGAGACACCCGGCGACAAGGAGGACAAGCCUGAGCAACCUGGUCAGGAAAAGCCCGAAGAGCCCAAAGCUGAAGAGUCAAAGCCCGAUGAGUCAAAGCCAGAGGAAUCUAAGCCCGAGGAUUCAAAGCCUGAAGAGGCCAAGGUAGACGACAAGAAGCCCGAGGAAGUAAAGAAAGAGGAGGAUGACGCCGACUCCAAGCCAGAGCAAGCAAAGGCCGAGGCCCAAAAGACCCCCCAAGAGGCCAAGCCCAAGCAGAAGCGCCAGCCCGUCAAGGAAGAAAGCGAGGACGAGGACGACUCUGAAGACGACGACGACGACGACUUUGACUCUGAAGAUGAUUCCGAAGAAGACUCGGAGGAAGACUCUGAAGACGACGAGUCAGAGUCAGAGUCCGAAGAGGAGAACGAGCCCGCUACACCUCCCCAGCAGGCUGAGCCAGGCCGUAAGGGCGGAAAACGCGGAAACGCAAAGGCCGGCGAUGUAAGACGUCGACGCCCUGCAUGGCUCGACGAAGAAUCUGACGAUGAGGGCCGCAAACAGUUUUCGAAGCAAGACCAGCAACUGCAGCAGCGUCAACAGCAGGAAAUGCAGCAACAGCGCCAACAGCAACAGAUGCAGCAGCAGCAGCAGCAGCAGCAGCAGGGAGGCGGCGGUAAGAGCGACGCCCUCAGCUUGCAUCUCGAGCUUAACCUCGAGAUCGAAAUCGAGCUCAAGGCCAGAAUCCACGGUGAUCUUACACUGGCACUACUGUAA